AUGACCAUGUAUUUAGUUUGCACAUGAGCUCGUUAACUGGAGCUAUCCUGCUGUCCGUUCGUCCUCCCGUAUACCCUGUCUGCCGUCUCUGUCUUCGCGCAACUUCCGAGGAAUAUGGCAAUCACACAGUGGACGGUUGCUGAUUUCAUCGAUCGAGGGCCAUGGUGGAGGAACCACGGCAUCUUAAUGCUUAACCUGUACUUGAUUCUUCCUUUGCUCACGGCCACGGUCAAUGGGUUUGACUCCUCUUUAAUCAACGGCCUACAAAUUGUACCAUCAUGGCAAGACCAAUUCCACCACCCAUCGGGGAAAGCACUCGGGCUCAUCAACUCCGCACAGAUGAUUGGUAGCCUAGUUGGCUUACCCUUCACGCCAUACUGCUCUGACCUAUUUGGACGGAGAGCGACUCUUUUCAUUGGUUCUAUCUUCAUGCUAGGCGGUGUUGCGACUCAGGCUACGGCGAGCACGGUCGCUAGGUUCAUCGGAGCAAGAGUUCUCAUUGGUGCUGGCCUCACUUUCCAAACCAAUGCCGCCCCACUUCUCAUCGCGGAAUUGGCAUAUCCAACCCAGCGCGCGAAAAUGACCUCCUUUUAUAACGCUUCGUGGUAUAUUGGGAGUGUCAUCUCGGCUUGGGCCUGUUUUGGAGCCUACCAAAGUGCGCCACUCAGCUUUUGGAGUUGGCGUGCUCCUACACUAGUACAAGGUCUUGGGCCCCUAAUCCAACUCGCGCUAGUCUGGUUCAUGCCUGAAAGUCCUCGAUGGUUGAUUCAUACCGGUCGGGAGGGGAAAGCAAGCCAAGUACUUGCACGCUUCCAUGCAAAUGGCUUCGAUGAGCAUGAUCCGUUAGUUGUCUUCGAAAUGGCUCAAAUCAGGCACGCCCUCAAGUUGGAGAAAGAGAUGUCCAAGUCCACUUCCUUCAAAGCUUUAAUCGCCACACCGGGAAACCGAAGACGGAUGAUGAUCAUCGUCGCUAUCGCCAGCUUUUCUCAAUGGAGUGGAAAUGGUUUGGUAUCCUACUACAUCAAUCUCGUCCUCGAAGGUGUUGGCAUACAACGAACAUCGACGAAGGCUGCAAUCAACGGAGGACUAAUGAUCUUCAAUUUAUUCGCUGCUUUUGGUGGUGCGGCCCUUGUGGAUAAGCUCGGUCGAAGAACACUCUUUAUUACGUCCAACGCGGGCAUGCUGAUUGCUUUCUCUGUAUGGACACUCACCACCGCUCUUUUCAACACGAUCCAUACUGCCGGAGCCGCUAAAGCGACGGUCCCAUUCAUUUUCAUCUUUUAUUUCUUUUAUGACAUCGCCUACACGCCAAUGUUGAUCGCAUAUACCCUGGAGAUCCUUCCGUACGCCAUUCGCGCGAAAGGCUUCGCAAUCAUGAACUUGACUGUGGCAUUGACUUUGGCCUUCAACACCUUCGUCAAUCCAUGGGCUCUGGACGCCAUCGGCUGGAAAUACUAUCUGGUAUACUGUGGAUGGCUCGGGUUUGAGCUUAUUUUCGUUAUAACCUAUAUUGUUGAGACGCGAGGUCGAACAUUGGAGGAAACAGCCGCCUUGUUCGACGGCGAAGACAAACAAAAAGAUGUCGCACAAGCUGGCGGAGAGGCGGCGACCAUGAUUCGCAGUCAGGGGACUGCACCCAUCGAGCUCGAGGACGGUUAUGCGUUCGAACCGUCAUACGAGCCAUCGACAAGGGAGUCGAAAGAAAAGUCGCACUCGCCCACGACGGAUACCUUUGAGCUACGCAGAACUGGCUCAUCCGGAGAAAUGAAUCGUUGGGAUCGCGAGAUGAGUAUUGUACAUGCGUUUUGAGACAUUGGUUAGGAGAUGUAUGUAUUUGUAUGUUCAUGAAGAGGAUGUGUUAUAUGAUUCGG